AAAAAAAAAAAAAAGGAGAGUGAGGCAGACAUUUGGACAGCAAAGUCACAGCCAGCAGGUGCCCACAGGCACGGACACUCUGGGAGAAGGGGCUUUGGGCAUCGUGGCACUUGCCCAGGUGGCGUGAGGACAGGGCUGUCACCUCCCCGACGGUGUCACUUUGCUGUUGCACCCUGCUCCGUGACUUCUCCCUGCGGUUCUGAGCAGAGGAAACCACCACUGACGGGCAGUUUCCUCCSCGCCGCUUUCUAAAGAGCGGGGCUGCCAUCGCCAUCGCCCAUGAGAACCUCCCGCCGCCCCUUCGGGACAGGAUCCGAGCACAGAGGAUUCCCAUGGGGCUGACACGGUGCCUGGCAGCUGCMUUCCUCUUCCUCCUCCUCCUGGGUCUGACUGCUGGCCAGCGCGUGGUCACUGUCCAGGAGGGACCCCUGUACCGCACCGAGGGGUCCCACGUCACCCUGUGGUGCAAGGUGAGCGGCUACCAGGGCCCGGCGGAGCAGAACUUCCAGUGGUCCAUCUACCUGCCCUCGGCCCCCGAGCGGGAGGUGCAGAUCGUCAGCACCAUGGACCCCUCGUUCCCCUACGCCAUCUACACCCAACGCGUGCGCGGCCGCGGCAUCUUCGUGGAGCGGCUGCAGGGGGACGCCGUGCUGCUGCACAUCACGUCCUGUGCAGGGUCAGGAGCUGGAUUUGGUGAUUCUUGUGGGUCCCUUUCAACUCAAGAUGUUSCAUGAUUCUGUGUUUCUCCCCUGUGCUCAGUGAUUGCAGACACRCUCUCAGCUUCCAUGGCUCCGCAAGCCCUGACCCUCAGUGAAGGGGAUGCCCUGGAGCUCACCUGUGAGGUGUCCAAGUCCACAGCCCAGCAYACACACCUCUCAGUUGGCUGGCACCUCCUUCAGGGAGCAGGAGAACACCGCACCCAGGAGAUCCUCACCCUCUCCAAGGACUUCAUCCUGAAGCCAGGGCCCGGUUACGAGCGGAGGUUCCUGGAGGGGGAUGUGCGGCUGAGCAAGGUUGGGAACAGCACGUACAAGCUUUUCAUCAGGGGAGUGCAGCCAUCCGAGCAGGGGCAGCUGUUCUGCGAGGCAGCUGAGUGGAUCGAGGAUCCUGACGGGACCUGGAAGGACAUUUCCCGCAAGCAGACAGAGAGGACUUUGCUGGAAAUCGUGAGCCGGGGCARAGACCUCUCCGUGGACAUCGCUGCYRCUGAAYGGUCCCUUUCUGAAGGGGACACCUUGCAGCUGAAUUGUGUGGUGGGAGYGCAGAAGAGCAGCAGCCGGCACUUUGAAGUGAUUUGGCUCCUGGAUAGCGUGGAAGUGGCCAGGAUUGACCCCCAUGGGGUCUUGAUUUGGGAGGAAGGAUACGAGGAGAGAGCCAAGCUGGGGCAGCUCCGAGCCUUCAAGCCGAGCAACACCGUCUAUGUCCUUGUGGUGCRUGAGGUGGGGCUGAAGGAUGAGGGCACGUACCAGUGCUCUGUGUCGGAAAUGAGGGCUCCUGGAGACCUGCAGAGCAUCCAGACUGAUCUGUCAUCAGGAGUGCAAGUCAACGUGAAGCCAGCAGGUCUGGGUCUGCACGCCACGCUGAGGAGCCGAAUGGCCACCGUCACACACGGGCAGAGCUUUGAGCUCGUGUGCCAGGUGGACGCCRCCUACGCCCUGGAGGAGGUGCCCAUGUCUGUGCGAUGGCUCUUCCAGCCCAGCCCACCCGCCGGGCCCCUCCAGGAGCUGCUSCGGGUCUCUCCCGGGGGCUCCGCGGUCUGGGGGACAGCGCAGCCGCGCUUCCAGGGGAAAGCCCAGCUGGCGAAGGCUGGCACUUCCUUCAGGCUGCACAUCCAUGGUGCCCUGCCUGCCCAUCAGGGUACAUACCAGUGUGAGGUGGAGGUGUGGAGGAGGAACACCCUGUCCUUGGGGCAGCCAGCGGCCACUGCCAGCUCCAACGCCGUGGCGAUAAAGGUGGUGCUGCCAGAAAGCAAGCUCCAGGUUGCUACAAAAGACAGCUCUGUGGAAAUUGUCGGUGGYAACGCAGCCAUUGAGUGCAGGAUUGUGUUUGCUCACAACAAUUCACAGUUUGCUGUUACCUGGUACCUCCUGCCUCUUCUGCCAGACGCAACCCCCCUACAAAUCGUCAGGGCUGACUACAGCAGCGUACUGGAGUAUGGGUCUGAAUUCAGCUCUCCUGUGGAAAAGUCCCGGUUCCUGAGCCAGAGGGUGUCCAGUGACAUAUUCCAGCUGCAGAUUCUGUCUGCAAACCCCAGGGAUGAGGGCAGGUACUACUGUGUGGUGGAGGAAUGGCUCUGGCUGGUGGAUGGCUGGUACAAACUGGGAGAGGGAGCAUCGGGAAGGACCACGCUGGAGUUCAAACACUCAGAGGGCGAGCUGCAGAUGGAGAACGCCAACCGCAGCAUCUCAAUGCAGGAGGGCGAGGAGCUGACGCUGCCCUGCUGGCUGCGGGCUGCCCCCCUGCCCGGCACUCGCCUCUCAGCCACCUGGUUCCAGCUGCAGAGCGGUGGCCGUGACAGCGCCCUGCUGGCCCUGCGCCACGAUGGCACCUUGGAGUACCCCCGGCAGCGCCUGGCGGGGAGGCUGCACCUCCGGCACCCUUCGGCCGGCAACUUGAGCCUGACUGUGAGCAGCGUGGAGAGCGGGGAUGCCGGGGUCUAYUACUGCCGGCUGCAGGAGUGGCAGCAGCGGGGCGAGGGGAACCACUGGGCUCCGGGAGCCUCGGCGCGCUCGGGGUACACCCAGCUCACCACCAUCCCGCCAGAGUCAACAGUCAUGUCCAGGAUCUGCUCAUCCCCUUCACUGCUGAACUUCAUCUUAUUCUUACCACUGGUUCUGAUCCUUCUCCUGGCCCUCGCUGUCUGCUGCUGGUACUGCAAAUUCAGGAAAAACAAGAAGGGCAACAUCACAGGAAGCCAGCUGGUGGAACUGGAAUGGGAUGGAGAGGCCAAGAAACCUUAGCUGGUCCRUAGAGGCAGAUGUUACUGGAAGGAGCAGAGCUGAGGAGGACUGAGUAUUUGCAGAGGGGCUUUUUAUUGUUUUGUAGAAGCUCUUGCAAUAAAUCCUUGAGAUUGUGCSUUUGCUUUUGAUGGAAUGAAGCAGCUUUGGGAUUACUGGGCUAAUAGGGUUUCCAUAACAAGUGUUCCUGUCUUUUAGGUUAGGUACUCACCCAUUUCACAUUCUGUUCACUGUGGUAUUUUUGGGGUCCUUGCAGUGUGCACCUCCYGCUGUGGAUGGAAGUGGUGCUAUUCCUCUGCUGGAAUAAGGGAAAAAACAGCUCUUUCUGCACUGUGACACAAAAGUACCACAUUUCUACUCAUUUUAGGUGUCUUGAUAAAAUCUAUGUGGUAUCCAGGCUAAAAACCAUGAUAGAGCUGGAAAUGGAAUACUGGUACCCCAUUUAAGUCAUCACAUUUGGCUUUGCCCACCUUUUGCUGGGCAAGUUCUUGGACCCUGCUGCUUUCACAAUAUGAGAACACCUUUGACCAAAAAACAUUAUCUCCAAAACAAAAUCAUCACAAAACCUGUCACAGGAACAUGAGGACUGAGCAAGGCUGGCUGAGCCUGAGGAAUGUGCAGAGCAGAGGAAUUGCAGCCAUCCACAAAAUACCAAAUCCUGUUGACCCAGUGAAGGAAUCACAUGGAGUUUUGGAUUCCGGAAGGAAGAUGUGGACACCAAACUGUUGGUGAGAUGAGAGGACAAACCUUCCAGCUCCUUCCUUUGCUUCUGCUGUAGAAGACAGCAUCUAUCCCUCAUUGCUGGGCUUCUGUGGGUGAGGAAGCAGCUGGGACCUGGUAUCAGACACAAAUAGGUUAUCCCUUGCAAUAACAAAACCCGUGUGGGUGCUUGUGGGACAGCUCCUCCAUUCUCUGGAAUCCAGAUCAGGCUUUUCAAGGCUGAGGAGCUCUGCUAUCCAAAGAGUGUCUGGCUGAUGCAUUAGAGGAAAGGAGAUUUCUGUCCAAGGGUAGUCAACCCCUAACUGUGAAAAAUGGGAUGUGGUCCCAGCAAGAUUUAAGAUYGGGGCAAAAGCAGUGUCCUCAGACAAAAGGAGGUGUACAGAAACCACAGCAGRCAUUUAUGAACCUGCUUCCUGUGACCACAGAGAGGUUUGGAGACACCACAGCCCCUCUAAAUGAUGUGUUCCUGUCCUUCACUUGCUUUACAGUUAGGAAAGCUGCCUGACUUGAUCCUGAAGAGGUAGGUGCUUCAGCCCCUUGAAAAGGCACUUCUUGCACACGUUUAAGCCUACUGCUCCUGUUCCCCUGCUCUCUGUCUGCACUGGCUGGCUCUGGCUCGCUCAGCCUCCCCCACGGGAUGUUUUCUGGACCCCGUGCAGCUUUUCCCUUUGCUGCCCUGACCCCAGCUGCCUCUCCCGCAGUGUGAGCACUCAGAGCUGCCCACGGGGCUCUCCGCAGAGGUUUCCCCCCUGCCUGGUGGGUUAUGUCCCGUUUACACAUCCCAGUAGGAUGUUUGGUUUUCUCUGUGCGAGUGACAGUGCGGCGUUGUUUGUGCUUGGCUGUGCUCGUCAGGCUCCUCUCCUGCAGAUYUGCUGUCUGGUGAGUUGUGUCUCUGCUGUGUGCUCAGGCUGUUUUCCUGUCUAACCCCCAAACCCCAUUUGCAGGGGGAUGUUGAACAGCUUUCUGCACCGGCUUGUGGAAGAUCCUGCUGUCUGUCUCAGCCCUGUCUCAAUAAAGCUUUAACUCAUGGGCCAGUUUCAGUCUGUUUKGCAGAGAAGCAGAUGCUCCCAGGGUUUUAAACUCCUACAAUUUUCACAGGAAGUUGUAGGAGGAUGAARGUGAGGAGGCAGAUGAGUUGUCCCACCAAGGGAAGGCUGCAGUGUGAGUUGGCUGCUGGCRCCCAACUUGUGUUUAGGGGAUACAGAAAAGAGGUGUAGGUGUGCUAGGGCAUGGAAAGGAGAGAAAGAACUGCUUUUGACUAUAAACUAUUAACAAUAAAUCUAUUGUUAUUUUGUGCUGUUCUUCCAUGUCUUCAUUUGGAUUGUUUCCUUAGUUUGCCCAAUAAUACCUUGGAAGCAUACUCCACAAACCUUGGUAAAGUCAAGAAUAUAUGAUUAUAUAUUCUUGGGGUACUCCUUACCCCUUCCCACAAGGCUUGCAGUCUUACUGCAUGGGAGAUAGGAUGGU